CCUGCCCGAGCGCCGACGCAUCCCUCGUAGCCCACCACCGCUGGGCACGUUGUCACGCCGUCGCCUCUGUCGGUGAAGAAAUCUCCUGACGCCCUCCGCGCCCGCCUGCCCUAGACGACCGCCGCCAUGGCGAACGUCGACGAGACCGUUGCCAAUGUGCAACGCAAAAUCGACCGUGAAAGGGCCCUCAUCAACGCCGCCAAUGCCAUGCGCCAGUCGACCAAUAACCCGGCUGUGCUUUCCCGCCUCGAUGGACAGAUCAAGGACGGCCGCCGGAACAUUGACUACUUUGAGUCGAAGCUGCGGGACCUGGACGUGCAGAGAACCUCUACAGGCAUGGAGAACAUGAGUUUGCAACCAGGCCGCGGCCCCAAUAACCCUCUGACUCCUCCCCCGAAAGAUGGCUGGAACGGGUAUGUGCAAGAACAGGGAGCCUAUGGCGGCCCUGAAAGCCAGUAUAGCCAGCUUAGCGGAGGGCAAGCUCUGCAGCCUCCUCGCGCGCCAUAUGCCCCGCCAGCUCCCGGCGCGCCCAACAAGCGACCGAACUACAGCAAACUGGACCUCAUCAAAUAUGAUACCCCGCAUCUCGGUCCCCGCAUCCAGCUCAUGCUGUCCCAGCUCGAGUUCAAGCUCAGUGUCGAAAAGCAGUACAAAGAUGGAAUCGAGAAGAUGGUGCGGUUAUACCAAAUGGAAGGCGACCGCAAGAGCAAGGCAGACGCAGAAGCCAAGCGCAUCGAGAGUAACCAGAAGAUCCAGCUGUUGAAGCACUCGUUGAAGCGUUACGAGGAUCUCCACGUCGACAUUGAGGGCGACGCCGAUGGCGACGUUUGAACAUUCCGAGUCAAAGAAAACCUUUGAGCGGCCACCUCUCCCUCCGCGUACAUGCCGUCGCCGAUGUCGAUCACGCAGCUACUGGGCGCUUUAGUCGAGGCCCAGAAACGUUUGUCAACAUCAAAGUUGAAGACU